UUUGGAUAUUGUUCGUGUUCAAAGGAACGCGGGUCGUCGCCCAUCGUUAUCUAGGGCAAGCCGACGGCGGAUCGCUCGUCGAGAGGGCAAUUUGGUGGAUGGUUCGUUAUUCGGGGCUGAUGAUAAUCGUAAGGUUGGCACAAGACGAGUUGACGCCACAAGGUAAAAGGCCGAUCACGGGCUAAGUCCUGGAAAUGGUUGCACAAUAUUGUCCUUGAUUGAGUGGAAUUAAAGUAUCAAAAUUCUUACGGCCUGUCGUACACGUGUGUAAUGAAAAAAGGGCUUGAAUGGCAAAGAAAAGGGAACUGCCUGAACGUGAUUCGCCCGCGUCCCUAUGAGUUGUUGGUGGUGUUGUCGGUGGUGGGCGCUUGGUUGCAGGGUGUCUGUAGCGGGGGCGCUAGACGUUAUUUACUGGGUCCACGAGGCUAACAUGUUCACAGGUGUUCCCGUCAUGGAUUAUGACUCGGAAGCAAAAGCGAGGACUCAAGCUACAAUUGCAAUUUAUCGCAUCGUUCGGGACGCCGACGACAACGAUCCACACCCGUAUGCAUCCUCCUCGCGUCUCUUCCCAACGCCCGCGGAGUUCUCGCAAUCGAUCCUCCGUAGACGCGACCUCGUAGUCGGAUCACACUGCUUACUCAAAUCGGGUAUCGGAUGGUUUUAAUUACGCUUCAGAUAAAAAGCUACCGACGAUGCGGAAACUGCGAUUCAGGGCGAGGGGGGGAAAGCAUCCUUUCAUAUUAUAUUUGAUACAGAGAUAUGAUACCUGAUACACCGGGUGGUUAGUCUGUGAAAACGUCACGGAUUGAGUCGUGAGCAAAGUGAUGUGAUUCGGAAUGAGUAGGUAGAGUUGUUUCAGCUUCGCUAAGGAGGUGGAUUUUGAUCGGUCGAAGCAGAAGUCAGGCGCAAUAAAGUCCUCUCAAGCAU